AUGGCCUCAAGAAAGAAAGCAAGAGCUGAAUACAUCCCUUCAUCAUCCAACCCACCUCCUCCAACAGCAACCAUGGAACCAGAUGGCCUACAAGCACAACCUAUAGUUCCUAUGUUGCAAAGCCUAUUCCGAGGGCAGUUGAUUAUUGUCUACAACCAGCAGCAAUUGGCUCAUAAUAAGCCAAUAGUAUCCAUGGAGCAAUUUUUAGAUAAAGUGGUCUGGCCUGAAGCUCAGCUAUCGUUAGGAAGAUCUCCCGAGGUUGUGCCCCCCAGUCCCAUACCAACAAGGACAGAGCCUGCACCAGCUGAGUCGCAACCACCAGUAGUAGACCCACCGGCUUCCCCGGAGAUUGAGAUUCUACCACCUCCACUAGCUCCACCGGCACCACCUUUGAUACUCAUUCCCGAUGACUCAAAUAAUGAAGUUGCAGCUCCUCCUGACUCACCAGCCUACUACCUAGAGGAUGGUUCAGACUUUUCUGACUGGAUGGACUAG